AUGUCGGGCACGGAUGUCCACUUCUUCAGCUUUGCACCAGAGGAGUCGAUUGUGGGGCAUGAAGGGCCCCUCUGGACGCCUUGGGCCAUUCAAUGGUGGGUAACGUUGUUCGGCAUUGCCACGUUCAACAUCGCGAUGUAUGCGGCCCUUACCUUUUGCUACUACUCGUCCUUCUCUACAAAUGUGACAUUGAAAGCCUAUCAACAGUUCAUGCAGGCGACGUGCGGCGUCUACGUCUUCGUCUGCGCGUACCGCUCCUACAUGCCAGCUCAGUACCCUUUGCGGUACGUUUGGUUCGAUACGCCGCUGUCGAGCAUCCUGUUGGUUCGGAGUUUAGCAGCAGUAGCUGAGAUGUGCUUCAUCGCACAGAUCGCGAGGGCGCUUUCCUUCAUCGAGAACCAGGUGAACGAAACCAACCAAAGUUGGGGCAAUUGCUGGCAUCUCGUUUGCCAGGCCGCUGCGCAUGCCAUGGUGAUCAUCAUCUUCUUGGCCCAGUGUUUCUCUUUUGCCGGCACCAUCACGAAGAGCAACAAGUGGUACGCAUUUGAGGAGUUCAAUUGGGGCUUGGCCUUCGCAGUGGGCAUGCCUUUCUUCAUGGUACUGUCCUACCAGGUGUUUCAGCUGCGGAGAGAGGCCAAAACGCCCUGGACCUGCUCCUGCAAUGCCAUGGUGUAUGCCGUGGGGAUGAGUGCAUUCUGCAUCGGCUAUGUGCCCUACAUGUUCAUCACCGACGCGCCAGAGUACUGGCAGCGCUACCAGGACCAGCUGGCCGAAGGCUUCGAAUUUCUGAGUUUCUGGGACGGUGUCAAGGAUGCAGCUUUCACUCGCCAUCACACUCACCUAGAGGAGGUCUGGGAAUAUGCGACCGUGUGGCAAACAGCCUACUUCAGUGGAGCCGUGUGGAUCAGCCUGCUCCUGGCUUUGGCCCCGAAGCUGGAGGUUACAAACACCUUCAAAACCCUUCUGGGCCAGGAGGCCCGUGCGGCAGCGCCGGAUGUAGAAAUGAAGUGA